AUGCGCAAUCCUGGGUUUAGGGCGAUCUUUUCCCUGCAGAUGACGGAGGAGUUCUGUGGCAUCGCGCCCGUCGAUGACAGCGGGGGCGGAGCCCUCGUCGCCACCUUCCGCGCGGCCGAGGAGAGCAAGCUCUUCACACCACAGAGGUUCCUGGCUGACCACUACGAGCAAGACAAAGACCAGCAGGACGCACAGGGCGGCGCGCCCUACCGCACGGCCGCCGAGGCGCUCCUGGGCUACCUGGACACGCGGCAGACUGUGGCGCUCAGGGCCUGGGCUUGCAGCACACCAGAGUGCGUCGCGCGCGGCGUCGCAGCAGACGACCCAGCGAAGAUGCCCAACGUACUGCACUGGCCGCGCGUCCUCAUCCUGCACCUCCUGCGCUGGGACAACAAGCAAAUCCCGGUCCCGCACGCCGUGGCGCCCGACCGCACCCUGCACGUGAGCGGCACCACCUACGCGCUGCGCGCAGUGGUGACGCACGAGGGCAGCUCAGCUCGCAGCGGCCACUACGUGGCGUUCGCUUCGCGGGGCGACCGCUGGCACGUGUGCGACGACAAAGCAGUGCGGCCAGCCACAGAGAGCGAGGGGACGACGUUCGUGCGCGACAGGGUCAAGGGCCACACCUACCUGCUCUUCUACGAGAAGGUGGACUCGCCCGCGGUAUCUGUGGCCCUGGUGCGCCGCAUGGUACGAUUCGAUAGGGAUGGUGGAGGUUUAGGAAUUGGCCGCCGCGGCCCGAGGCCUAUGGUCGCGGUGAGCUCGACUUGCAGCUCGCUCUCACUAGCAGAUCCUUACAGGGUCGGGCGGGCGCUUCGCGCGCUUCGCGACAUCGGCGCUUUAGUCAUAUACCGGGGACAGGAAUUCUGCCAGAGGGCGCGUUGGCCAGCCGCGUCGGGGCUGGGGCAGCGGGAUGGCGCUGGCGGCUCGGGCGACGACCUCGGACGGCUGGCCGGGCGGGCCAGGGUCUGGUCGGCGCUCGGCGCGCUUCGCGACACUGGCGCUGUAGUCAUAUACCGGGGACAAGGAUUCGGCCAGGGGGCGCGCUUCCGGCCGGGCGGGGCUGGGGGCGUAGGGAAGCCGCGGCGGCUGGGGCCGGGGGCGCGUUGGCCAGCCGCGUCGGGGCUGGGGCAGCGGGAUGGCGCUGGCGGCUCGGGCGACGACCUCGGACGGCUGGCCGGGCGGGCCAGGGUCUGGUCGGCGCUCGGCGCGCUUCGCGACACUGGGCCUGGUCGGCGCUCGGCUCGCUUCGCGACACUGGCGCUUCAGUAUUACACCGAGGACAAGGCAGCGCUGGCGAAAUUCUCCAACAAGUGCACGUGGCGCAGCGCGGACGGCAUGCAGGCCCAGUGCGCGGCGGGGGAGCGUCAGCGCAAGCUCUUAGGGUCUGCAGUAGACGCUGGCUCCAGCGAUCGCCAGUGUUUCCGAUUUGCUCAGGCCGACCCGGACAUCUUCGACUUGGCAUCGCGCAGGAUACCUGUCGACCACCAGAAGGAGAUCGUAGAGGGUUACUUCGAAGAGGCGCUCGCCCGCGGAAGGGCCGCAGACGAGGUCGCAGACGAUUCUUGGGAGAUCCACAAGGGCGACGUGCGCAACAGAUAUCACUCCGAGCGCGGCAGUCUGACCAUUCAUCUGGUGGAAAAGGUGGAGGGCGCGAAGUGCACUGAAGAGGAGUUCGCAGAGUUCUACCAGCUCUACGACGCAAAGACGGACGACGGGGAGCCGAUGUUAGACACGGGAGACAUCAUGCGCUGCAUAGGCAAGCGCAAGAAGCGCUACGGUGAGUUCGCAGCCAAGGUCCGGGACAUGGGCGCGGCCACGCGAGCCCGAGGGCGGCGGCCGCAAAAGCUCAAGGUCGCGAUGCAAGAGUUCCUCGAGCAGCAGAAGGAUGAGCCGCAGAGCGCCACUCAGGACGAUGCUCGGCGCGCCGAGUUUGCCGCGCGCGCGGCGCCGCACACAGGGCGGUUGACCUUCAAGUCAGGCGCCGACGGGGCGGUCGAGUGCGUGCUCACGGAGGAGCAGAAGGCGCUGGUGCGAGAGAUGCAGAGUGAGAGAGCUUCGACGCUGGAGUACUUGUUCAGCCGGAACAACCUCUGCGCGUGUUUCGGGAUUGACGGUCACAAGUACCGGGCGCUGCUCGCGGCGGCCGGGGCCGACCCGCGCCAGGACCUGCAAAAGACGAGUGGCCUCGUCCUUGAGGAAGAGGCGGCGGACCGUUCGGGCGACCCGAGCGUCCAGUACGAGAAGAGUUGGCUGCGGUGGGCAAAGGAGCUCUCGCUGGAUAGCCCCAGCGUCGUGUGCUUCGCCUGCGGCGUCAAGGUCUCCAAGCACCACUGCAAGCGCGAGUGCCCGUCAGACCUCAUCGCACAGACCUUGCGCGAGGACGCCUCCGAGAUUAUCCCGCGCAUCUGCGAUUACUGCGUGCGGGCGGAGGAUCGCGGGGCGCGCGUCUCGCGGGAUGCCAUCGACACGGGGAACACUCCGGAGCCGCUUCGAGGACUCACUCGCCACGAGGAGCGAUUGCUCCAGCUGGUGGAGACGAACGUGGUCAUGGUGCACGCGCCCAAGGGCGGCACGGCGACGGCGAAGGGCGGGACCUUCGUUGCGCCGCUGGAAGCGCCGCGCGCCUGCGAGGUGCUCGGCGGCGCCAGCAUGGAGAUCACCGACGGCGUGCUCUGGCUCCGGCCGCGGGGCGUCCCGCCCGGCUGGGCAGUCCCCGCGCGCGCUCAGAAGCUCCUCGACGCGCUGAAGUGGCUCGCGAAGAAUAACGCAUACUAUCGCGAUUUCUCCGUGCUGGGCCAGGCAACGGCAGCCAUCAAGGCCCUCGAGACGAAGCUCGCUGAGAAGCUUGCUGACGAUCGCCAAGCGAUCGACCCGGAGGCCGAGGCGGCGGCGCAGGGCGCUUUCGAAGGAGACGCAACGUACUUCACCGCGGGCGGGCCCGCUCCGGUCGGCGCCGUUGUGGGAGACCUCCAGAAGAACCGGGAGUCGGCGGAGAUUCGCCCGUUGACGGAGGCGCUGGCGUUCCCGACGCUGUUCCCGGGGGGCGAGGGCUCCUGCCCCGAAGAGCUUCGCUUCAGCAGCUACGCGUGGCGCCGCCUGCUGGACUGCAAGACAAAGUUCCAGGAGAAUCCGGAUUACACCUUCUACCAGCUCGAGACGUGGUUCCGGAAGAGCUUGAGCAGCGCGACGUCCGUGUUCGUGGGGAAGCGCGAGGUGCCGGGUCGGGAAGCGGCGGAGCGCAGAGCAUACGCCGUGCAAGGUAAAGUGCCCGGCACGACCGCGUUCCUGGGCCAGAAGCGCACCCAUUGCGUCCAGAUGAUGCGCCAGCUCGGGCGCCCUGAUUUCUUCCUCACGCUCACGAGCCACGAGCGCCAGCCGCACAUGCUCGCAGCGUGCGUAAAGGCGCAGCUCUACAACGACAGCCCCGGCCUGCCGCUUGAUCGUGUGGAGAAGACUGUCGCCGCGCAGGUGCUGGCGUACACGAACGACCCAGAGCACAAGUGGGAUGGCAGCCCGCAGUGCGACGAGAAGAUCAAGGGCACGAAUGACGCGGCCGCGGCGUGCGAGAGCGUCUCGGAGACCAGGCGAACUGGGAUGACAGCUCUUCAACUGUGCCAGAAGUUCCCUGCAGACGUCGAGCGCGAGUGGAACCGGCAGUUGGAAAGAUUUCUCAGCUGGAUCACCGAGGCGCGGAAGACAAAGGGAGAGAGCUGCCCGCCGUUUCCAAAGCCGACUCUGCUUCGCGGCACGGAGGCGGCGGACGGUGGCGAAGCGCCCACGGGCGCCGAGGAUGUCGGAUACAUGGAUCUGCUCCAGGGCGACGUCAAGUGGGAUUGCUGGGACGACAACCUGGACGAAGCGCCCCCCUUCGUCGCGCAAGACUUCGUCAGCCGCGUGGAAUGGCAGAAGCGGGGCUUCCCCCAUGCGCACAUGCUGCUGUGGGUGGGCGACUGGGGGGCCGAGCGCGACGCUCGGCUCGCCGCGGAAGAGGUCGCGCAGCCGCACCCGGACGCGGCCCCGCCCGUGGCCGGUGACUCCAUCUGGCGCGUGAGCAAGGAGCAGUUGGAUCAGCUCCUCUCCGGGAAGGCCAGCGCGGUCGUGAGGCCGCGCGGGCUGAAGGACGCAGGGCGCAAGUGGUUGGCGUGCACUGCGGACGCGGGCGCCCAGAUCGUCGCGGUGGCGCACGUGGCAGGCGCCCGGCAGGUCAUGUCGCAGGACGAGUGGCGCCAGAAGAGUAAGGAGCACGGGAUGAGCCGGCGGACGUGCCUCUACAGGAAGACGUUCCUCGUGCACGUGCGCAUGGUGCAGCAGCUGGCAGAGGCGGUGCCGUACGCCGACCCUGGUGCGCGCGCCUGCGGUGAUCAUGUAUUUCGCCCCACGGACGCAGGGCCGCCGACGGACAGGGUUCUCCUGUUGCCCCCGCCGCGCCGAUACCUUCCCGACUGCGUGAAGGUCAACUGUAUCUGGGACAUCGACGCGGCGCACAUGGACGUCUUGGCGUCUGGCUCCUCCACCGUCGUCGCGCGCCCCGUCGGCGUCGUCGGCGAGGAGCGGAAGUGGCUGGCGCGCGCCGUAGAUUCUGGCGCCCAGAUCGUGGGCUGGACAUCCGCAUCGGUAAACCGAGAGGUGCCGUCCGAGGAGGAGUGGGUCGCCGCCCGAGAGACCUACGGCCUCGUCGAGGACGCCCUCCCCUUCGCGCCGACGUUCCUCGUGGAGCUGCGAGCGCUGCAGCUGUUCGCCAAGCCCGUCGACUACGCGCCACCGCGCGCGGGCUCUGGAGUCGGCGGAGCCCCGCCGCCGCCGCAGCCGCACACGGAACCUCGCGGCGGUGGCGAAGCGGCAGAGCGCGGCGGCGAAGAGACAGAGGGCGAGCCGCCUGCAGCCCCAAAGCGCCCCGCGGCAGAUUGGCUUGACGGGGCGGCUUCGGAGACGGACGACGAGCUCCUGGGCCCGUCGAAGGUGGACAACGUCGCCAGUAUCUACGACGUCUAUACGCGGACGACGGGGCCGAAGAGGUGGCGUGCAGUCUAUCGUGACGGGGUGAUGACGCUGCUCACGAAGUCGCUGAUGCACAAGCACGGACCAUACUGCGGGAAGUACUCGCUCGGACGCUGCCGCUUCGGGUUCCCGCAGCAGCCGGUGGAGAAGAGCCGAAAGAAGAGUCAGCGAGAGCUCUGGAACAACGGCUCCAAGAACAAGUACUUCGUGCGGCGCCGCAGCGGCGACACGAUGAUGGGCCUGUACAACCCCCGGAUAUUGCGCCGGUGGCGCGGUUCCAUGGACCUCCAGGUCGUCGAGAACUUGCAUGCGGUGGCUCGGUACAUUCUGGGCUAUUGCUUGAAGAACGACACCGCGAAGGACGCCGUGGGCAAGCUCAACCAGGAGAUCGCGAGGGUGCCGGCGACCGGGCCUGUGACGAGCAAGCAAGUGUACCGCCUCGCUUACAUCGGCACUCAGGGCCGCGUGACCUCCACGUUCGAAGCGUGCCACCACCUCCUCGGACUUCCCGUGGUGCGCAUCUCAAGGGAGUUCCAGUGGGUCCAUGCCGGCAUGCCCGAGUCUUACUCGGCCUACGUGCCGCGGCACCUCUGGCGCCAGGCCAUCGCGAACCCGGAGAACGCGCCCGAGCCCACGGCGCCCGCAGUGAUCCGCCGUUAUGCGGAGUGGCGCGCGGGGAAGGUCGCCGUCUUCGACGACACUGGGGAGCAGGUUCCGCUUCUCGUGGAAGGCAGGGCCGCCGAGAACUACGAGUGGGUGAGCCCUCGCGAAGUGACGCUGUUCGACUUCGUGGCGUCCUACUCGACGUCGUACAAUUCCGACCCCAAGCUGAGAGCGCAGCCAGCAAUCGUGUCCACGAAGGCUUUCGACCCCGAGCGCGAGACGGAGGCGUACUAUUACUCCAAGCUCCUCCUGCACUACCCGCGGGCCGAUUUCGAUGAGGACGACGGGCCGGAGUGGCUGGUUCCCUCGGACGACGGCAGUCACCAGAGUGCUUUCGUCCGCCUGUCGAAGGCCAGCAAUGAAGGAGAGCACGGCGACGAAGCGGAGGCGCCGCCAGCGGACGCCCCAGCGCGCGAGGAAGAGGCGGAGCUCCCUGCGCCCGACUUCUUCCUGAAGUCCACGGUCUUCCCGAAGCUGAACAUCGCGGAGGCCGCGUGGCGGGAGCUGAAGCGGCUCAAUUGCGCCCUCGUCAUGCGGUCCGCCAUGCAGACGCCAGGGGCUGCGGAGGACUGGGAGAACCACCGGGAACUGCUGCGCCGCCUCCGCCUUGCCGCUGGCCGCCCCGACGAGGAGGCCGACGACCUGGACCGAGACGAAGAUCUGGAGGAGCUGGCGGGCGCCGCGCCGCACGCCAUUAGCGCCUUCGGACCAGUGGCCGGCGGCGACGAGGCCGUGCAGUUGCUCUUCGGCCCCGACGCGCAGAAGUCCAAGCAGCAAGACAUCGUCUACUGGUUCCUGGAGCAGGUGCGCCAGGGCAAUCGCGCCCCCGCGCGCGUCCUUCUCCACGGUCCCGGCGGAUGCGGGAAGUCCGUGGUCGUCCGCGCCGUCGCGCGCCUCUUGCGGACGGAGGGGCACGGCGUCGCGCUUGCGGCGCCGACGGGGUGCGCUGCCUUCCUGAUCAACGGCUGCACCCUGCACUCCUGCCUCCACUUGCCAGUUGAGAACAAGUCCUUCGGCUACGCCUCGGACGCGCCGCCCCCUUCCGGGCCCGCGCUGGAGCACCUGAUCGAGUUCUGGAAGCCUGUCCGCGUGCUGGUGAUCGACGAGAUCUCCAUGGUCUCCGCGGAGAUGCUCGCUCGGAUCGACGCGCGGCUGCAGAUCUACAAGCGCCAGCCGGGAGUGCCAUUCGGCGGCCUUCACCUGCUCCUCUGUGGGGACCUCUACCAGCUUCCUCCCCCGAAGGGCCAGCCCGCGUACGCGGCUGUCCAGCUGUGGAAGAUGUUCCUGCUCUGUGAGCUCGAGGGGAAUCACCGAGCGGCGCGGGACCCCGCUUACGCCGCUCUGCUGGAGAGAGUCCGGAAAGGCCUGCACACCGAGGCCGACCUCGCGACGCUUCGGACCAGACUGCGCAAGCCACCCGCGGACAGCCGCGCGCCGCACCUACUGGCGACCCGGAAGGCUGUCCGUCAGGUGAACGAGGAGAUGCUCGAGCGACACGCGGAGACGCACGGCUUCGAGGUGCACGCCGCGCCCGCGCAGGACACGUCGCACCGCACGGGGCUCCCGGUGGAGGUCGACACGGGCUACGACAAUCCCGAGGACACCGGCGGCCUCGAGUCAGACGCGCGGUUCGCCAUCGGGGCCAAGGUCAUGCUCCGUCGGAAUUUAGACAUCAGCGACGGGCUCGUCAACGGCGCCCGCGGCAUGGUGACGGACAUCAAGCUCGCGCGGGACUCUGGCGAGGUGCUGAAGGUGCGCGUGGAGUUCGAGCGCGGCGGGCAGGCGGCACGCGAGGAGGAAGGCGACGCAGAUCUUCCGGGCGUGCUCAUCAGCCCCGUGCAGGGCGCUUUCCAGAACGAGGACGGCGAGCGAAUCCUUCGCCGGCAGCUCCCCCUGGUGCUCUGCUGGGGCCUCACGAUCCAUAAGGCGCAGGGCGGCACGGAGACGAAGGGCAUCGCCUUGAGCCUCGACGAGACAGUUCGCCAGCAGUGCCAAGCUUACGUGGGCCUGUCGCGGGUCGAGUGCCUGGCCGACCUGUACCUCACCGCGUUCGACGAGCGCGCCAUCAUCCCCGCGGUUGGCGUCGACCACGCGCUGCUGCAGCUCCGCCUGCAGCAGGGCUACGAGGCGGAGCGGGGCAACGGGCCGAACAAGUACUGGAGAGCGUGCUUCGCGCCAGCGCAGACGGCGCAGGAGCUCGAGGAGGCGAUCGCGAGCGCGCCACCAGGGGCGUUCGCCGAGCGGCAGGCGGAGUUGCUGGAGGCGCGUGCCGCAGAGGAGCGCGGGGACAAGGGCGCGUUCACGUGCGAGUACUGCGGCGAGGGAUGCGGGACGAAGCGCGCGCUCGCCACCCACAAGAGGGAGACCUGCACGGUGGCGAGGAUGAUCCGCGUGCGGAAGCGCGCGGCGGGCGUUCCGCCGCCGCCGCCGCCCCUGGAUCCGGAGGAAGCGCUUGGCGUCUUGUCGAGGAUGGCGGGCGGCGACCGCCGGCAGCGGAUCACGGGGAAGCGCCUUGCCGCUGCCGCGGCCCAGCAGAAGGCGGCUGCUGGGCAGACGCCCCAGGCUGCCGCCCAGCGAGCCUCUGCGGAGACGGAUGCUGGGGAGCUCUUCGACUCCGCCGCGCCGGCCGCGCCCGCGGUGCCGCCGCGCCGGAGGGCCAGGCUUGCAGCUUUGCAGCAGGCACCGGCCGGCGCCGAUGAGCUCGAGGCCGAGGAGCGCACUUCUGCUGCCCCCGAUGCAGAGACGCCGCCCUCGCCGCCGCCGCCGCCCAAGCGGCCCCGUCUCACGAGCCUGGCGCCGGCCGCGAGCAGCGCGGAGGCCGCGGCGGCUCGAUCAGCCCCUCCCGCCGCGGCGCCCCCGCGCGCGCCGCCAGCGCUGAAGAGGCCGCGGCUCGCCGACCUCGCGCAGGCCGCGAGCGGCGCAGAAGAGGAAGCACAGGCCGCGAGCGGCGCCCAGGCCGCGGGGUCCGGCGUCGCCCGCGAGGCCGCGGGUUCCGGCGCCGAUGGCGGCGCGCGCGCCAACGCGCCCGCCGGGGCCAGCGCGGGGGCACAGAGCGCGGCGGCGCCGCUGACGUGUCAGCCCGGUGGAAGCGUCGCUAAGCAGGGGAUGGGAUCGGCGACGGGGGCCGCGACUGGCUCGGGGCGCGCCGCCUCGAGCGGCCUGGGCGGAGCGCUCGGGCGUCGGCGCCCCUGCGGUUUCCGCAACGUGGGGAACUCGUGCUAUAUGAAUUCCCUGCUGCAGGCCCUCUUCCCGCUGGCCCCAGUGCAGCGGAUGAUUGCCGCGACGCUGGGCGCUCUGGGCGACGAGCCUGAGGAGGGCCUGUUCGACUUGCUGCGACAGGGGAACAAGCUGGUGGGAACGGCCAUAGCAGCCUGGCGCGCCCGCGGGGCGCUCGAGCCCGAGCUCUUCCUGGACUGGCACAGCGGCGAGCAGGAGGACGCGCAGGAGUUCCUGCAGCUGAAUCUGUUGCAGAACGAUGGCCCAGAGCUCGCGGAGCUGUGCCGCGGGAUCGACUGGCCGCGGUUGUCGUGCCCUGACUGCCCUGCUUCUCGAGACGCUACAGGCGCCGAGCCCUUCACGAUUCUCUCCUUGCCGCUUGUGGCCGCGGACGGCCGCCGAGCCUUUGCGUCGGUGCGCGCUGCGCUGGCGGACUACAUCGAGGCUCCGUGCCCGGUGGAGGUGGACGACUGGCAGUGCCCGUGCGCGGGUUUCGUCGCGCACCGUGCCAGCGUGCUGAAGACGCACCGCAUCACGUGCUUCCCGGAGAUCCUCCUGCUUCACCUGGUGCGCUGGGACAGCUUCGGCCGCGUGGUGCCGCACCCGGUGGCAGCCGACGCCGUCCUCGAGGUGCGCGGCCCGGACAGCGUCGGGAUCUUCUCGCUGAAGGCUGUGGUCGUGCACAGGGGCGCCACCGCCCGCAAGGGCCACUACUACGCCUUCGCGAAGUACGACGGCACCUGGUGGCUCUACGACGACGACGCCUCCCGCGUCGCCACCGAAGCUGAGAUCGCCUUCUUCGGCGGCGGGCAGGGCGCCGCGGCGCUGACGAAGAUCUACCUCGCCGUCUACGAGCGGCUCGACGCGGCGCAAUGA